AUGGAUUUCAUCUACAAAACCCUAAAAUCAUCAACAAAGAAAGAGGACCUUAAAUUUUGGGUGGAUACUCUGGCCGCCGUGCCUUUACCCAAUGGUGAUAGUUCCGCUACUGUGGAGAUCAACGCACACUCCGGUUUGCGUGUGAUCUACACCGUCGACCCAGACAACAUCAAGGCAGUCCUCACCAGCCAAUUUGCCGACUACGGGAAAGGUGAACGCUUCCAUGCGGAAUGGAAAGAGUUCCUGGGUGAUAGUAUCUUUGCCACGGACGGAGAGCUGUGGUCUCAAUCGCGCCAUCUCAUCCGCCCCAUGUUCGCACGAGACCGUAUUGUUGACACCGAAAUCUUCGAAAAGCAUAUCCAGAAACUCAUUCCCUUCUUGGCAGGAAAAAAUAAUAUGCCUGGGAAGGGCAAGGUGGUCGAUGUAGGGCCUCUGUUCUUCCGCUUUACUCUCGAUGCUGCCACAGCUUAUCUCCUCGGUCAGAGCGUUGACAGCUUGAAUGACCCGAAAACGACCUUCGCGGAGGCAUUCCAAUAUGUACUCCAUCGGCAGUCAGAAAUUUUCAAAGCUGGCCCACUCUCCUUCCUGAUGUCGCGCAAGGAAUUCCGCGUUAAUCUCAAGAGAAUGGAUGACUUCAUGCAGCCGUUCAUCGACGAAGUUCUCAGCCUCAAUACCGAAGAACUCGACAAGAAACUGUCCAAACAGGAAACCUUCCUGCACGCCCUAGCUCGCUUUACCAAGGACCCUAAAGUCAUCCGUGACCAACUCGUUGCCGUCCUGCUCGCAGGCCGGGACACCACCGCCGCAACCCUCGCUUUUUGCCUCUUCGAGCUCUCCCGCAGUCCAUCUGUGGUCGCCAGACUGCGCACUGAAAUCCUCAACCAGGUUGGGACGGCCCGCAAACCGAGCUACUCAGACCUCAAGGAGAUGAAGUAUCUGACAGCCGUACUCAACGAGACAAUGCGCUUGUACCCCGUCGUGCCUUUCAAUGUCCGCCAUUCCCUGGCAGACACCACCCUGCCGCGGGGGGGCGGCCACGACGGUCGCUCCCCCAUCGGUGUCCCCAACAACACGCGGAUCAUCUAUUCGACCAUGAACAUGCAGCGGCGUAGAGACCUAUACGAUCCGCCGCCAUCAGCACCAGGCAGCGCAGGCAGCGCAGGCAGCGACGAGAAACAGUCCAUCCCAUAUCUUGACCCCUCGAUCUUCAUCCCCGAGAGAUGGGUUUCUGGUUGGCAACCCAAGCCAUGGCAUUUCAUUCCCUUCAACGGCGGUCCUCGCAUCUGCUUGGGACAGCAAUUUGCCAUGCUGGAAAUGGGAUAUACUGUUUCAAGGAUCUUGCAGCAGUAUAGUGAAAUUAAUGCGGUGAAUGCGCCACCUGUGGGCCAGGAUCCUGUGUUCAAGUUCGAUGUUACCCUGAGUCCAGGGCAGGAGUUGAAUAUGGUGUUUGUCAAGGCGGGAGAGGAAACUGAAGAAACGAAGAAACUGUUUAGAUCGUAG